UUGUCUUACGACAAUUGAUGCUAAACAUGUAAAGAUCGGCAAAUACGUUUAAAUAUAUCAAGAAUUGGUUUACGUCCAUAUAUCGAGGGAACAGGGCGUUUGGAGUCAUUGCGAGUGACGCUUGGGCCUGGAACGGAGUACAGGUUUCCAUCUCUUGCUGCGUCUCUUCUCAUGGCUUUAGUCACUCGUUCCUGUGUUUCUGUUCUGAACAUUAAUGGUGUUUCAUGAUUCAGUUGCUUCUUCCCUAGUAUUACUUGCGUUAUUCCUGUCCUUCGGACAAAAGUGUUUAUACACAAUCAUACAGGUAUGGAAAUAAUUUAAUGGAAGCAUCACAAAAAUUAGAUGUGAAAUGUCAGAACAAAAAAAAAACUAAGAAUAAUUUUACAGUUGAUUACAAAUGAAAAGUAAAAAUACUUGAACUGCACAAUGCACUGAAUUGAAAUUACAAUAAUAAUUUUGCACAGUUGUCAAGACCUUUGACGAAUGGAAAAUAAACUGAAGUACUGUAUAAUUUUACACUAAUCAAAAUACGCUUGAAUUAUUUGAAUGAUUCAAGCGGGCAAAGGGCAUAUGUUCGUAGAGGAAGUAAAAAUUAAAACUGGUCCAAAUAGCAGCUAUACUUUUAUUUUCACCUCUGGGUGCCGAAAAGUGUAGGCGAGAAUAGUAAAUAUAUUUUUAACUAGUGUUUCUGGUGUUUUCCUAUAACCAUUUGGCUCCAGUUUGGUAGACUGAUAUUUCCUUCUGGCUGGGCCAUCGUAUCCCGGGGUUUGAAGUACUAGGGCCAUAUGAAGGAAAACAGCCAUAGAGUCCUCCUCCUUUUUUUUUUUUCUUUCUUUCUUUUUUUCGGUGGAAAUAAUAAGAGUAACACUGUAAACGUGAGGAAUUGUUUUAGGCGGGAAUUUCAAAAACGUAAUGUUUUUCCACGACCAAUUAUCGGCGGGCCCGCCAUGCAAGGAAACUACGCCGCGACAUAAUGCGGCAAGGCGGCCAGCUCCUUUCCGCCCCGAUUUUGGCCACAGUAUGCUGAUACCAGUAUGUCUGUACUAACCCAGCUGAGUCGACUGCGAGGGGUGACCGGGCGCGAACCCAGGAUCUUGACAUUGCAAAGUCAGCCACCUCAUAUAGCAAAUGCAUAAUAUACAAACGACAGAACUGUUUUGUGUCAAUGAACAAAUGACUAAUAAGUGAUUCGAUGAACGCGACGAAAGCCUGGUUGAGUGUGGCGCUGCCCCGCAGGGCGUCACACCUAAAACCUGAGGCAGCUGGUGCAGUUAUUAUGGCCGUUGCAACCCUGCACGCUGAGGAGGGCGAGCAUCCCGCGAAAGGCGCUCAGGUGCCGAGCGAGCGAGGGCGUCCGGGCGAGCGGUCCCCCUGGCCGGCCGACGGCAGCGCCGCCUCGCUUAGUCAACAUCCGCUCUCGUCGCUGCCAUAUCAGGACGGCUCUGCUCCCGCUUCUGCUGUCACUCUCGCCAAGCCGCAGCCUCACACCUCAGCACAGGUGAGUCGGGGGCUCUGAGUGGCUGUGUUAUUUGGUUCUGGUAAAGAAUGAGGGAAGAGUGAGGUUCCGUGGGAGGGAAAGAGGCCGAGGCUCUCCCUUGCGAGUGGAGGUUCGACUUGUGGUGCCGAGGUGAAGUAGGGGCUGAGUGGCGCAGUGCCUUGCCACACCCUCUAGCUUUCUCCCAUCGGCAGUCCCGUCCUCGGGUCUGUUUUUCCAUUCGUGAGUGCUAAAAGGCCUGUAGCUGUCACGGGGACCCAAAGGUAGUGCUGGGACGGCCCGUCGUGGCAGGGCAUCGCCCGACGGGAGGCCUCGUUGUCCCAAAGGCGCUUUCUUUUUCUCGGUUUGCUUCCUUAUUUAGAAAAGUAGCCGCCUGCGAAAACCAGACAAAACCCAGGUGUUGUGUAUCAAAUAUAUAUUUUAAAAUGAUUAAGUUAUCUGAACGACCUCUUGAAGUACUGUGGACUGUGUUAGUGAUGAGCAAGUGUGCAUGUUGAACUAAUGAUUUCUGACAGAAUCCUUGUCUGAAAAGGGAGGGAGCUGCCUCUAAUUCUGAAAGUAAACUAUUACUAAUUAAUUGGGGUUAAUGUUACUGAGAGCAACACAGAGAUAAAGGGAAAUGGACAUUGCCAUCUUAUAGAGCAUAAAAACCAGAGUAAUAAACAACAGUAUAUCUGCUCCAGCCUCAUAUUUACCACUAAAUUACAAAAAUAUUUACAGCAUAUCACCAUUCAGUGAUUAAGUCUGCAACACACUCUCACAGCCAGAGUUCUUAAUGUUGUGUUCACAACAUUAAGUUCACAUACCUUAAUUUUUUGGACUUUGUCUCCGGAGGGUGCAACAGUCCUGGCAACAAAUACUGUAAUUAGAGAUAUGGGAUUUGUUGUUGGAGGCAGUCUGUCUAAUUUGUGAUUAAAAAAAAAAAAAAAAACAUGGUUAUUACACUGCUUUCCGAACUCCUUGUCUUGCUCGUUCAGAAAACUUGUUAGGACCAGCAGUCUUUAUUUUACAUGCUGCAUAGGUUUUGUAACUCCUCUGAUGCAUAGGUAACUUACCUGUAACCAACAGACACAAAAAUACCCUUUGAUAACAACAAUAAAGGACCAUAGAAUUACCUACCAAUAUCUUAUGGUUGCCUGCAGCAAAUGCAAUUGUGACAUCAUCAUGACAGCAAGAUGAACAACUUAUCCCGAAGUAUGGGUUCUGAAUUGUCAAAACAUCUCGUCCACCUUGUCCAUCUUUUUGGACGAGGAAAUCCGAAUGCUGCUUUACUGUAGAUCUUGCCCUGGUCCCAUUGGCAGUGUGGCAAAAAGACAACCAUCCUCCACCCUGUGGACAAUGUAAAGCUUGUAGACCAUCUUGGUGAUUUGAUAUCAAACAAGGAACCAGUCUAGACUCCAUCUUGCUUAAUAUAUCUGUGAGAGGUUCUUUUGCUCUUGCUGGAUUACUGAAGGCAUGGAGGCUAUAAUAAUUGCACUCUUUAACCUCAGGCUGACGAGGCCCAAUGUUCAAGAAUUACCCAAAAAUAUUCUGCAUGGUGAAUUUGGUUGACUUUUUCACAGUGCCAGGCUUGGAGGCCUGUUCUAGAUAAUUAGGUAUUUUUUUAUUUGUGUACUUCUAUUGAAGCAUGAUGAAUUAGCAACUGAAAUGUUCUGUUUGAAUCCUGCAGCUAUGGUCAUAAAAACAUAGCAGUGCAUUUCUGUAUAUGAUUAUUCAAUCUAUACAGUAUGGACACACUAGGCUAGGGCAAAUUGAAGAUGAUAUUCUUGCAGUUGUCAUUACAAGAGUGAUCUUGUAAUAUUAUAUUAUGCAGACAUAAACACUAACUCCACAAAGAAAGUCUCCUGCGUUUCAACUCUAUCUUGCAGCGCAUACCAGGUGCAAAAUAUCAGAUGCAGCUAAGGCUGCAUUUGAUAUUUUGGGUGAGCAGCUGAUAUCACAUCUUCAAUUAGCAAGCUGUCUAAUCAGGAAGUAAAUCAUGGAAUUACCAUACAAAGAAAAAGAUAAAAGUAUUAAAUGUUAGCAUGACAUAAGACUGCGGAAAUUUCUCCCAUGCAAAUGAGUCCCUAAACCUCUCACAUAUUUGGUAAAUUAUAUCACUUCCUUGUAAUCCAAUUGAAAGCAAAGUAUGAAACCUGACAUUUACUGUCACACAAACUAGGUUUUUAUAUUGGGGCUUAGUUCUUGCCACUGUUUGGAACUUAAUCCACACUAAUAAGUUUAAUUUAGAUUUAUGGCUCAGAGUGAGGUUGUGAAUUUUGUUCAUCUCAGAAAAACUUUUUAGAAAGAGAGCC